AUAAUAUAACACCAUCACAAAUUUUAGGAGUUUAAACUUUUUUUAACCUUUCUUUAGCAAUUUUUGCAAUCAUGUGUUUGUAUAUUAACUCAUUUCAAGAAUGUUUAGCUCUUGGCAGGACUUCUAAAUCCAACUGAUGGAACCAUGCAUGUAAAUAGGCCAAGGAGCUUUGUAUUCCAAAAUCCUGAUCACCAGGUGGUGAUGCCCACAGUGGAAGCAGAUGUUGCAUUUGGUCUUGGUAAGUUCAGUUUGACAUUGAAUGAAGUCAGAUCAAGAGUAUCAAAAGCUUUAGAUGCUGUUGGCAUGUUAGAAUACUCACAAAGGCCAAUUCAAACUCUGAGCGGUGGUCAGAAACAAAGAGUUGCAAUUGCAGGUGCUUUAGCUGAAGCAUGCAAAGUUCUACUGUUAGAUGAAUUAACAACAUUUUUGGAUGAAAAUGACCAGGGUCAAAAAGUCCUGGAACCCAAAACCAGUGGAAAGAGAAUCCAUGUUCAGUCCAAUCAGAUGUCAGAAAGAAGGGGGUUCUUUGUUGGGAGUAGUAGAAUUGCAGUCAUUUUGUGAGAAGCCCCAUCUCAGAUAGGAGUUAUCAAGGCCAUUAAGAACUCUGUGUCUGGUUCUGGAGAAGUUGCUGCAUUAUGGGUUACCCAUCGCCUGGAAGAACUCCAAUAUGCAGAUGGAGCUAGUUACAUGGAAGAUGGACGGAUUAUUAUGCAGGGGGAUGUCUCAAGUGUUUCAAAGUUUCUAAAGGAGAAGCAAGCAUGGUACCAUUGAUCUCAUUGUCUUUUGAGUGUUUCUAAACAUUGAUAUGUUUGGAGUUCCUACUCCAUGAGCCUAAGAUAAAAUUAGUGUCUUGUUUUAGCUGAAGACAGGUCCCAAUGCUACAUCCUUGCAUAUUUCAUGCGGUGAAAGUAUAGAAAUAAAAUAUAUUUAUUGUAACACCUCAACCUUAGCUUAUGGCAAUGUAUGUGCAUAUAGUAUAUUUGGAAGUGAAGGGAUUUAUGCAGUUUAUCUCAGAAAAAUAUAGGAAAUAUUGAGGUCC